CGAAGAAAGCCCGUCACUCUUUGCUGCAGUUGGACGCACUUCGGUUUGAAGAAAUGCGGUAGAUGAAACCAGCAAAAACGGCAACAGCUGCAGCAACUGUCAACAGCAGCUGAACAUGAACAACCGAAAUGUCGUCGUCUGCGACAAUGGCACCGGGUAUGUGAAAUGUGGCUUUGCUGGAGAGAAUUUCCCUACCUCUGUGUUCCCUUGCGUAGUUGGAAGGCCACUGCUUCGCUAUGAGGAAUCACUCAUGGAACAAGAAAUCAAGGAUGUCAUUGUUGGAGAAGCUUGCGCAGAAUUUCGGCAUCAGUUGGAUAUAAAUUACCCGGUUAACAACGGCAUCGUGCAAAACUGGGAUGAUAUGGGCCAUGUCUGGGACCAUGCAUUCUACAGUGAACUAAAGAUAGAUCCUACUGAAUGUCAGAUACUACUCACGGACCCGCCUCUCAAUCCUUCAAAGAACCGUGAAAAAAUGGUUGAGACCAUGUUUGAGAAAUACAAUUUUGCUGGUGUCUUCAUACAAAUUCAAGCUGUUUUAACAUUGUAUGCUCAAGGUUUGUUAACAGGAUUAGUUAUUGACUCCGGUGAUGGUGUUACUCAUGUGGUUCCAGUAGUUGAUGGCUACUCAUUUCCUCAUCUUACAAAGCGAAUGAAUGUAGCUGGCCGACACAUAACAUCCUAUCUUGUUGAUUUGCUCUCAAGGAGGGGGUAUGCAAUGAAUAGGACGGCUGAUUUUGAGACUGUCAGGGAAAUCAAAGAGAAGCUCUGCUAUAUAAGUUAUGAUUACAAAAGGGAGUAUCAAUUGGGACUUGAGACAACCAUACUUGUGAAGAAUUACACUCUGCCAGAUGGAAGGGUGAUUAAAGUUGGCACCGAAAGGUUCCAGGCUCCUGAGGCUCUAUUCACUCCUGAACUUAUAGAUGUCGAAGGUGAUGGGAUGGCUGACAUGGUUUUCCGCUGCAUUCAGGAAAUGGAUAUUGACAACAGGAUGAUGCUCUACCAGCAUAUAGUUUUAAGUGGAGGGAGCACGAUGUAUCCUGGAUUACCCAGUCGUUUGGAGAAAGAAAUACUGGACCGUUAUCUUGACGUUGUUUUGAAGGGUAACAAAGAUGGACUGAAGAAAUUGCGAUUGCGAAUUGAAGAUCCUCCACGAAGAAAGCACAUGGUGUAUCUAGGUGGUGCAGUCCUUGCAGGAAUUAUGAAGGAUGCUCCUGAAUUUUGGAUUACCAGGGAUGAUUAUCUAGAAGAAGGAGUUGCUUGUCUAAGCAAGUGUGGUCAGGCAUGACUUUUCAAGGUCAGUUUGCCACCCUCUUAGCUGUUUGGAAGAGUGACACCUGACAAGGAAAACCAUGAGAGGCUAAGACAUCAAAAUAUCCAAUUUGUGUUAUGACUGAGUAAGCUAUAGGUGUUUUGAGUAACCGUGUUUACUACCCUUGGUAGCUAUGUUAUGUAUAAGCCUAGUGCAAAGAGUUUGUGUGAUAAGAACCUAUCAAGAGUUGUAUCCUUAUGGCUGGAAUGUAUGACAUUAAAAAUGUAGAAAAUAUUGUGUGUUUUUUAGUCUGUUUCCAAUACAAUUUAUUUCC